AUGGUAGCGGACGCCCUCGUCUAUCACCCUGCGGUGACCCAUUACCUGCGAUAUAUUGCGACAACCGUCGGUCGUGACAAGGUCCUCCGAACGAUCCAGUACUUCAGCAGAUUCUACGCCUGGUACUUGUAUCGCACCAACAAUCCGACAAGCGCCAUCCUGCCAUGGACCACGGUCAAGAAUCAAUUUGGGUUGACGAGGAAGAUCCUGCGUGUUGGGAAAUUCGUCGAGCACAUUCGGGCUGGGUCCGAACUAUACGAUGCGGCCAUCAAGUCAGGCAACGGGGACAAGAUCGUACAAUAUCUGCAGGUUCUGAGGCAGAUUGGGUACGCCGGCUAUAUGUUCUUUGAUAUGAUGACGCUGUUGGACGCAAUGGGAGUCAAGAAGGAUCCUCGGGCGAAGAACAUCCAGGCCACGGCAUACAAAUUCUGGUUCACAGGCCUGGUCGCCAGCGCCCUCGCCGGGGUCUACAACACUUACAAGUUGAGGGAACGCGCCAAGAGCGUCGACGAGAAGGACGCCGAAGCCAAGCUGGAGAAGGUCAAGAUUGCCAGACAACAACAAGCCGUCAAUAUCCAGCUGGUUUCAGACCUCUGCGACCUUACAGUGCCGAGCACGAUGCUUGGAUACACCAAUCUUGACGAUGGCAUCAUUGGUCUGGCGGGGGUGACCAGCAGUCUGCUCGGGUUGUAUGGAGCAUGGCAGAAAACCGCCUGA